AAAUCAUAACCCUCACAUUGAUCAAGAAUCACAAAACACGAUAUGCCGCCACUCUCUAAUCUUUCAUCCUUCUCUCUGGCCUAUCGAUCCUCCCUCGCCCGCCGUCAGCCACCAGUCACCGGCGUCUUCCCCCUCUUGAAAUGUGCCUUUUCUUUUCACCGGCACCCGCCGCCAACCGCUUCUGUCCCAUUUCAACAUGUGCAUUAUCAUUCUAUGCUUCAAGACCAACGAUCUGAGUUUUCACCAAGAGCUGAGAAGAUUAAACUAUUGAAGUCACUUGUGGAUGAAGAUGCAAAAAUAAGGGAUGAGUGGAAGAAAGUUGUGAAUGGAGGACAAAUGAGAUCACAAUCCGACGUGGCUUUGAGCAUUGCGAAACGGCUUCUACAAGACAAUGGAAAAGACUCCAAUAUUGUGUUUUCGCCAUUGUCAAUCCAAUUUUUGCUGAGUCUUAUUUGUGCUGGUUGCAAUGGCCCCAUUCUUGAUCAGCUUCUGUCCUUCCUGAAAGCAAACUCCAUUGACCAACUCAACCACUUUGGUUCAUUUAUAACAUCCAAUCUCUUGGCCGACGCCUCUUCCACCGGCGGACCUAAACUCUCAUUUGCCAAUGGACUUUGGCUCAACCAAUCACACUCUCUUAAGCAUCCUUUCAAACAUAUUGUCGAAACGUAUUAUAAAGCCACCCUCCGUCAAGCCGAUUUUUACACUAAGGGUGACGAAGUGAUUUUGGAAGUGAACUCAUGGGUUAAAGACAAAACUAAAGGACUCAUUACCGAUAUCCUUCUCCCUGGAUCCGUUGAUGGACUAACUCAGCUCAUUCUUGUAAAUGCACUUUACUUCAAAGGGGAUUGGAAAAAUGAAUUUGAUGAUUCAGAAACAAAAGAGGGGGAUUUUUACCUAGUUGAUGGGAGUUCCAUUAAAACGCCUUUUAUGAGAAGCGGGAAGGAUCAAUAUAUAGCAGCAUACGAUGGGUUUAAAGUUCUUACAAUGCCGUAUCGACAAGGCCAAGAUGAUAAAGAUCGUCGUUUCUCCAUGUGUAUCUUUCUCCCAGAUGCCAAGGAUGGAUUGGCAUCAUUGAUCGAAAAGGUAGACUCUGAGUCCGGGUUCAUGGAUCGCCACAUUCCGCACAAAAAAGUUGAAGUGGGUGAUUUCCAGAUUCCCAAGUUCAAAGUGAGUUAUGAAUGUGAAGUUUCGGAUUUGUUGAAGAAGUUGGGAUUGGUUUUACCUUUUGAAGAAAGGAGUUUAUUAGAAAUGGUGGAGACAGAAACAGGGGAAGUGAGCUUUGUUUCAAGCAUAUUUCACAAGUCAAUCAUUGAAGCCAACGAAAAGGGGACAGAAGCUGCUUCUGUUCAUUUUGGAUCAGCUGUAUCUAGUUCGUGGCGUUUUGUAAACAGAACAGACUUUGUUGCUGACCAUCCGUUCUUGUUCGCAAUCAGAGAAGACGUGACACGAACUUUGGUUUUUGUUGGCCAAGUGUUAGAUCCUACUCUGGGACUCAAACAUUGAACUUUAUCGUGUCUUGAUAUAGACUGUUUGUUGUUUACCUUCUAAGUUUUGUUUGGUAUUGUGUUUGCAUUUAAGACUAUGAUACGCUUUAAGGGCAUAAUCAUUCUCCUCA